GCGGCGGGCCUCAUGGCGUCGGCGGCCGCCUAUCCCGACUCUCCGCGGGAGCUCCCCGCUCGCCUGCAGGCCGGCGCCAUGCGACGCCGCUUCUGGGGCGUGCUCGACUGUCUGUGCGCCGGCGUGUUCGGGGCGCUGGCCGCCGCCGCCGCCAAGCUGGCCUUCGGCAGCCAGGUGAAUAUUGGCUUAUGUGUCUUAGGCGUCAUUGCCAUGGCGAGCACCAAUUCUCUGAUGUGGACCUUCUUCAGCCGGGGGCUCAGUUUCUCUAUGUCUUCAGCCAUUGCGUCUGUUACGGUGACUUUUUCAAACAUACUCAGCUCGGCCAUCUUAGGCUACGUGCUGUACGGAGAGUGCCAAGAGGUCUUGUGGUGGGGAGGAGUGUUCCUCAUCCUUUGUGGGCUCACCCUGAUCCACAGGACGUUUCCUCCCACCUGGAAGGCAAGCAAGCAGCAGUGACACCAGUUGGUUGGAUAGACCGACUGUAAAGAUGACUGUGAUGCCCAGCUGUGGGUUGGC